GUCUGUGAGCAGCAGCUCGGGCUGGCAGAGCGGCCUGGAGGCGGGCCAGGGCGCCAUGGAGGCGGGGGGCUCCCCAGGUUUGGAACAAAGACCUCACAGGCAGGUCCCCUGAGCCUGGGCCAGCAGGAUGGUGGUGGAGCCCAAGAGAGGCUGCAGGCAGCAUGGCUGGUACUGAGACGAGCCGGCGGUGACUCAGGCGCCCACAGUGGCGGCUCCGUGUCCUGAAGAUGAAGUGGCCCAGGUGGAGUGCUGGCUAGGCCCGAUGGCCAGCUCCAGGACGGAGGUGUGCUGGGCCGAGCCGGGCCUGGGGAAGGGGCCCCGGCGGCGACGCUGGGCCUGGGCCGAAGAGAAAAAGGAUGCCGAUGGGAUACGGGGAAAAGAGGGGCCCUUUCCCAGUGCCACCAGCCCUGAGCUCCUGGAGGACUUCCGGCUGGGGCAGCCGCACCUGCAGCCACCAGGGUGGGGCCCGGCCCCGCAGCCAGCUGAGCGUCCGGCUUCCGAGUGCGGAGAGUCCGCAGCAGAGGAGUUUGAGGUAGAGGAUGUGGACAGCCCAGAAAGUUCCAACUUGCCUCUCAACUGGCUUCCCGAACAGGAUCCUCAAUCUGCCAUGACUGAAGAGGAGCCGGAUGAGGCCCUCGGAGGUCCUGAGGUGGAGGAAGCUGGGGAGGGCUCCCCAAGAUUGGAGUAUGAGACUGGUCUCAGCUCAGGGGGCGAUGGAAACACCAGCCCCAUGGCUGUGGGGUGGGGUCAGGACACAGGCUGGGUGGCCCCUGGCACACAAGUCAGUGGAGACAAACUUCCAGAACAUUCCGAGGUCCACCCAACUGUUGACUUCAGCUCUGCAAGGUCCUGGAGCAGUGGGACUGUGAGCCUUGACCACCCCAAUGACAGCCUUGAUUCUACCUGGGAAGGAGAAACCGAUGUCCCCCAGCCCACCGCCCUGGAAGAAACUUUACCACAGAGCUCCAGCCACCACCUCCUAAACCCAAACCCCAGAACUGGGGGAGGCGUUGCUGUGGCAACCCCCACAGAAUUCCAGGACUCCUCGGUACCCCAGAGCCAGAGACUCCAGUGUCCAGCAGAUAAGUGGAAAGAAACUACUGGCCUCUCCUGCCCUCCGUUGAGGGACAAAGCCUGGAAACGGACGCGGACAUCACCUAAACCACUCCCUUCUCGAUUCACUGGCUCCAUCAGCCCUCCGAAUCUGCCUAGGCCAGCUCGGCAAGACAGGGUGCCAACCAGGCAGGGAGCCACUCUGGCUGGCCACUCAUCAUCUGAUGCCUCCAAGUAUGGGCGGGGGCAGUUGAACUACCCACUCCCUGAUUUCUCCAAGGUGAGACCCCGGGUGAGGUUCCCUAAAGAUGAGUGCUACCACCCCCCCAAGGCCAGGAGCCACAGCAGGCAGUCUCAGGGCCCUGCCAGGCCGCUGAUCUUCAAAUCACCUGCUGAGAUUGUGCGGGAGGUACUGUUGAGCAGCGGCGAAGCCUGCCCGGGAAAGGACCCGCCUUCUCCCCACCCCAUCACCAGGGUACCCCAAGAAUUUCAGACUCCUGAACAAGCCACCAAACUGGUCCACCAGCUCCAGGAGGACUACCACAAGCUACUCACCAAGUACGCAGAGGCGGAAAACACCAUCGACCAGCUGCGCCUUGGGGCCAAGGUGAACCUGUACUCGGACCCGCCCCAGCCCAGCCAUAGCAUCCACACAGGGACGGUGCCCCAGGGGACCAAGGUCUUAUCCUUCACCAUCCCACAGCCCCAGUCUGUGGAGCGGUGGUCGGGCCCUGCCGAAGCCCCACAGGCCUCUGGGGCCUCCGCUCCAGGAAGGACGGUUCUUGGCCCCAGCGUUCAGUGGUUGUGUGUUCCAGGGUGGCCACCAGCUCAAAGAGACCUGAGCCCCUCCUCGUCUGCCCCAGAGUGGCUUCCGGAGAACCCGGGCAUCGCCCAGGACCGGCCGUCAGCAGAGCGGACCCAGGAGUUGGCUUCUCAGGCCAGCCUGUUCCUGGCCAAGGUGGAAUCCUUUGCAGGGCUGAUGCAGGCAGGACGGCUGACGCCCCAGGACCAACUCAAGGGCUUCCAGCGGCUAAAGGCCACCCACGCGGCCCUGGAGGAGGAGUACCUGAAGGCCUGCAGGGAGCAACAGCCGGCCCAGCAGCUGGCCGGCCCCCAGGGGACGCCCGGCAAAUUUGAUCCUGGCAGGGUGCUAGAGGAGGAGAUAUUCCAGCUGGGUAUUCGCCUGGAAGAGCUAAAGGACCACAUGGACCACACCCAGCCUGAGCCUGAGCGAGCCGGGUCAGACUCCACUCCAGACAGCCCCCCAGCCACGCCUUCUCCACGCCAGCCAGUGCACCUGCCUUCUCCUUCAGGACAAGCCCCCACACCCGCCACCCAGACCCUCUGCCCUCAGCCUCACGCCACCAGCAUCGGCCCCUGCCCAUCGCAUGUGAACGUGGAGCUGAGCACCGCCAGCAGUGAGACGGAGGACGGGCCGCUGGGCCUCCCGGCCCCACCCAGGCAUAAGGAGCUGCCGGUGGAGCAGGAUUUCCACGGCCUCCUGGAGCGGUACCUCAGCGUGAAGACUGUCCCAGAAGCCAUGAAGCCGGAGGAGGGCGAGGACGAGGAUGAGGACGAGGACGGGCAAGGCCAUUCGGUAGAAGUUGACGGACCAGCUCCACCUCCAAGAAAAUCAGAGGCCACCGGGAUGCCCGUAAGGCAGCUCCCAGCACCGGCUGAAAGAAGUCACAGGACCCCCCUCAAGGAGACUGUGGAGCAGAUGGUGUCUGUAAAGCCAGCAGGCUUCCAUGCAUCCGUGGCCAGAGAUGGCUACCUCCAGGACCUGGACAAAGUCGAGGCAGCUCCUCCUCCGGGCCCCAGCAGACCACCUCACCCUCGGGGCACCAAGCCUUUGGCAUCCCACCAGGGCAGUCUGACCAGCUUAGAGGGAAGCGGCCUCUCUGAGCACCUUCCACAGAAGUCUCUGCGCCCAGCUGGUGGGCCCCACCUAGAGGAGCCCUGGAUGGCAUCCCCCGAGACAGACAGUGGUUUCGUGGGCUCAGAAACCAGUAGAGUGUCGCCCCUCACCCAAACGCCAGAGCACCGGUUCUCCCACAUCAGCACUGCAGGAACAUUGGCCCAGCCCUUCACUGCAUCUGAGCCCCGGGAUGCAGUUUCCCAUCCCCAGACCAGGGGUCCUCCAGUCCCCAGAAGAUCCGUGGAGCCCAGCACACCCAGGAGCAGAGCCCAGAGGCGACCCUCCGGCCGGGACAGUCCUCUGCGGCAGAGGGCACCCAGUCUCCGCCGGGAGCGGGCACUGGUGGCCGAGAUGGCGGUGCCUGGCUCAGAGUCGGAGGGGCGACAGCCGAUUUCUGAGCAGCUCGCCCGUAGCACGACAAUCCGCCCACCCCCGACCUCGGCUUCUGCAGCUGCCACUCUGUCCCAUGGACCGGCAGAGAGCACCCGCACCCUCCUCCUCACCAGGACAGGGCGAGACCAGGCCAUCCGAGAGCUACAAGAGGAGGUGUCUCUGCUCCGCCUGCGGCUGGAGGACAGCCUGCAUCAGCCACCCCAGGGCAGCCUGGUGUGCCCGGCCUCCACCUUCAACCGCCCCGCCCGGGCCCGGGCCCGGCCAACGGAUUCCUCAGCCGCCUGGGGCUCCCACUAUGGCAGCAAAUCCACAGAGAGACUGUCUGGUGAGCCUGCAGGUGCAGAGCAAGCUGACCCCGCAGGAAGGCGGCGAGCCAGGUCUUCCUCGGUGCCUCGGGAGGUGCCCCAGCUGUCCCUGAGUUCCGGAUCCGAGCCCACCUCCCCCCAGCUGUUCUCUGAGAAGAGCCGGACCUCUGAGGACAGUGCGCAGGCAGCUCGGGAUGGAAUGAAAAGAGCGGGCGGCACCAAGAGGCCAGACAGGGUCACCUUCCGGGGCCAGUACACAGGCCAGGAGUACCACGUUCCCACCCCCAAGACUGUCCCAAGAGGCGGUGGCACAAUCUCCUGUCCCCACUGCCGACCUGCUAGGACCCAGGACUCAGGUGGUACUGUCACCAGGGACCCACUGGGACCGGUUCCCACUGAUACCCUGCGAUGUCCCCUGUGUGGUCAAGUCGGGACGCCCCCAAAGACGGAUGGCCCAGACUCAGCCACCUCUGGGACAGAAAGCGCCGCCCCAAGGAGGAAUGCACACUCACGCUCAGCCUCCAGCCCCCCACGACGCAGCAAGCAGGCAGGGUCGCCGGCCCGGCCGCUCCCGGGACUGUGGUAUCUGCCUGCCGUGCCCCCAGCACCGGCCCCUCCCGCCUUUGCCUACGUCUCCUCGGUGCCCAUCGUGCCUUACCCGUCGGCCGCUGUGUACUACGCGCCUCCGGGACCUACCUCAGCUUCCUCGCCCCAGCCAGCCGCCGCCGAGUGGCCCCCCUCUGCCUCCUCCCGGCCGGCGCGGGGGCACCGGCACUCCAUCCAGCUGGACCUGGAGGACCUGGAGGAGCUCAACAAGGCCCUGAAUCGAGCCGUCCAGGCUGCUGAGAGCAUCCGCUGCACCACCAAGCACAUGAGCCGCUCCCUGUCAGCCGACCUGCGCCAGGCCCGCAGCCUCAGGGGCUCCUGCCUCUUCUGACUUCACUCUGGAGACUCAGACACAGAUGGGGGGCAGGUGGGCCGGCGGCCUGCUGCUGUCCCCCAGGGCGGGAGUCGGCUGGAGCCACUCCCGCGGGCCCCGGCGACCCCUCCCCAGAGGCCUCCUGGCCCUGGGGUGUUGGCCUGGGCAUGAAGAGAAGGAACUGCGGGGGGACCGGCCCCUGAAGGAAGUGCUGAGACCGAGGCCACCUUCUGCCGAGGCCACUUCCCGAGGGGCAGCCUCGGGGAGUCUCCUGGUCCUGCACUGCCCGCCUCUGGCUAAUAAUAUGUACUUUAUAUACAGAUGGACAAUUUUUUUUUUUUUUUUUUACUGUGUUUUCCUGGUCUUAGAUCCAACCUACCAGGCCAGAUGAGAAGGGAUAGGGCCAGAGUCUCUGGUGCAAACCUGUCUCCUCACCGGUGACCAGCCCCUCCAGCGUAGGCGUUUCUGGGAAGGACACGGCUGUGCACUUUCCUCCUGGUGACUGGGGAUCAGUAGGGCACUUUGACACCAUCGAAACGUCAAGACGGCAGGCCCCCAGGAUAACAUGUGUCCAGCUUCUCCGGAGAGGACUUUCCCGUGGGCCUGCUGGGAAGGGGACACCCCCAGGGAGGGCCUAGAAGCUGUCCACCUUGGUCCCUCUCUGUACCUCAUCCCCUGAGCCCCAGCUCUGUCCCUGGGAUCCCUGUGGAACUGGGCUAGUGGCCAAGCUGCCUGCCAGGCCCUGGUCUGCGGCCGGGAGGCCAGCCCGUCUCUGGCUCCCUACCUUGUAGCAGAGUGCGUACCUCAGCUUUUCUGGAAUGUGUAUGCAUCAGUGAUAUUUGUAUAUUUGAGGCAUUUAAAAAUCUAUUUUCGUUAUUUGGGCAAAUGAAGAAGGAUGAAUAUUGAUCUU